GGCAGUGGAGGGGCUCCCAAGGGCUGACUCCAGGGUUCAUCCCCCAGAAGAAAACCAUACAGACGAACUUCAGGUCAACAUGAUGGUUCUGAAAGUAGAAGAGCUGGUUACAGGGAAGAAGAACGGCGGUGGGGAUGCUGGGGAGUUCCUUCCUGAGGAUUUCAGAGAUGGAGAGUAUGAAGCUGCUGUCACUUUAGAGAAGCAAGAGGACCUGAAAACCCUUCCGGCCCACUUUGUGAGCCUGGGAGAACAACAGUGGAAAAUUGAGAAAGAGCGCGAGGCCGAGCUCAAGAAGAAGAAACUAGAACAAAGAUCAAAGCUUGAAAAUUUAGAAGACCUUGAAAUAAUCAUUCAACUGAAGAAAAGGAAAAAAUACAGGAAAACGAAAGUUCCAGUUGUGAAGGAACCUGAACCUGAAGUCAUUACAGAACCUGUGGAUGUGCCUAGGUUUCUGAAAGCUGCCCUGGAGAAUAAACUGCCAGUGGUAGAAAAAUUCUUGUCAGACAAGAACAAUCCAGAUGUCUGUGAUGAGUAUAAGCGGACAGCUCUUCAUAGAGCAUGCUUAGAAGGACAUUUGGCAAUUGUGGAGAAGUUAAUAGAAGCUGGAGCCCAGAUUGAAUUCCGUGAUAUGCUUGAAUCCACCGCCAUCCACUGGGCCAGCCGUGGAGGAAACCUGGAUGUCUUAAAACUGUUGCUGAACAAAGGAGCAAAAAUCAGUGCUCGGGAUAAGGUAUUUCUCCUCCUGCCCCCUUCCUUCUCCUCCCUGCCCCUUCGCACAUGCCUUGGGGUCUGGGCUGGCCUCUGGGGCUCAGCAGGCUCUUCUACUUCACAGUUGCUCAGCACAGCGCUGCACGUGGCGGUGAGGACUGGCCACUACGAGUGUGCAGAGCAUCUCAUUGCCUGUGAGGCAGACCUCAACGCCAAGGACCGAGAAGGAGAUACCCCCCUGCACGACGCCGUGAGGCUGAACCGGUACAAGAUGAUCAGACUCCUGAUUACGUAUGGCGCCGACCUCAAUGUCAAGAACUGUGCUGGGAAGACCCCGAUGGAUCUGGUGCUGAACUGGCAAAAUGGAACCAAAGCAAUAUUUGACAGCCUCAAAGAGAACUCCUACAAAGCCUCUCGCAUAGCAACUUUCUGAGAAAAAAGACAGACUCUUCCACAGGCUGCUCUUCACCAGCAUUUUGAAGUUGCCGCCCCAAAGAGCAAACCCUCCUGAAAUCCAGCUUCUGUUUAUCAACCUGUUGUAAAGCUGCACCUAAUGAUAUUUUGAGAAAGCACAGGAACAUAGGUAUCUCCCUUAGUGAAACUCACUCUAUGUAUUUGUAUUUACUCCUGUUUAUUUAUUUAUUUACUGUGAUACUGCCCAUACCCAGCUCCUUCAUGACCGUCCCUCUAGUGAACAAGCUUUGUAUGUAACAUGUCAGAGCCUUCCCGUAGGUAGCUCUUAAAACCCUGUUGACCAGCAGUGCGUCACUGCCUACUUCUGUGUCACCUUGCUUAUCUAAGAUGUUGCACGGUGUUUUUGAAAGACAGAGGGGAUGAUUGUUGCCCUCUUUUCUCCUGAAUUUUUAAUGCUGGAGUUUGAGGUCAUGGAAGGCCUGCAGUGACAGAAAAGGAAAUGGGAUGAAAGUGACUCUGUGAGAAGGACAAGCAAACCAUUUGAUGCCUGGGCCUGGUAUUUCUUACCAAGUCACACGCAGCGCAUACCAAGGUGUGGAGAACGUCAAGAGUGUAAGCGGAGCGCAGUGGAAGGGGCAGGCCAUUUGGGCCGUGCCGAACCGAAUGUGUGCAAAAAAGAAAAGUGACUGUGAACUGUAAAUGUGUAAAUGUAUAUUAUGUUGUAUGGAUAUUUUAUAUUCAUAAUAAAAGCAAAUUAUAAACCUC